UCUACAAAUGAAUUCAAGAAUAACUUAUCAUGAUUAUAUUCUCGUGAAUUACUGUCAAUAAUAUUCGUUAUGCCAAAAAUUCUAGCCUCUGGGAUUACCGUUUAGUCGAACGAGCCGAUUGGCUGUCGGAUAGAGAACUUCCCAAGAGAGGAUCCCAAAAAUCUCAAGCUCGGCAACUUCACUUCGCUCGCGUAAAUUCGCGAUAAUCAGCGGCCGGCUGUCAGUAGCUUGCUGUUAUCACGAAUCCUGGCACGAUAACGAUGCGCUUUCGCAGACGUAGGUGAGAUCGAGCGCGACGUUGACAGGAGCAAGGGUGCCGCGAAGGCACGUGCGGAUCAGCUGAUUGGCGGAGGGCUCCGAGACCGAGAGCUGUCACACAUCCGUCGUCUUCAGUCGCAGGCGAAAUCAUCGUCAUGGCGGGCUUUGUACUCCGGGUGAAGACCAAGUCGGGUCAGAAAAUCGUUAAUGGCCUCGCUCCCCACGAUAAAGUGUUCCAACUGAAGGCGAAGCUCGCCGAGCUUACCGGGGUACCCGUCGCCGCCCUCCACGUGCUCUCCGGUUUCCCACCCAAGCCUGUCAAUCUGGACGCGACCGACGCCACCAUCGAACGCAUCGGCAUCAUCUCCGGGGACACCCUCAUCGUCGAGGAGAAACAGAUCAUGUUUAGAUCCAACGAUUUUGGACGAUCACACAUUGUCGAUCAGGAAAGUUUCGCCAAUGCUCCCGGUGUGCUUAUGAGGAAAGUCGUGCCUGCAGACAACUCUUGCCUCUUCACCAGUGUGGGCUAUGUUUUGAAUGGGAAGGUUGACACCAGCUGUGCCAGUUUCAUGAGAGAGAUUAUAGCAAACGCGGUGGCAGCUGAUCCGGACGAAUAUUCGGAAGCAUUUCUGGGCAGACCGAAUGCUGAUUAUUGCAAAUGGAUCCUCAAAGCAGAUUCCUGGGGCGGCGCCAUCGAGUUGUCAAUCCUGUCCAAGUUCUAUGGCUUAGAGAUAGCGGUGAUUGAUAGCAUUAAUGCAAUUAUUAACAGAUUUGGCGAGGACCAACAUUACGCCCAACGGGUUUUUCUCAUAUUUGAUGGCAUCCACUAUGAUCCACUUUAUCUGGAGCCGCUUGACAGCGGCAGCAUUCAAACGAUCUUUCCUACUGAAGAUGAAAGGAUGUUGCUGGAAGCUGCCCAGCUCGCGAGAGAAGCAAGAUCGAGUCGUCAGUUUACGGAUGUACAAAAGUUCACUUUGAUGUGCAUCGACUGCAAAAUUAGACUGAACGGACAGGCGGCGGCGCAACAGCACGCUAAGGACACUGGUCACACGAAUUUUGGCGAAGUGGCAGCGUAGCCUCCUCACAUCGUCUGCUCAUAUUAUCAAAUUCUUCGAUUUUUUUUGUAUAACAAAAAUCGAACGAUGGGAAGUUUCAUGCUUAUGCUGGAAAAAGAGAGAAAAAGAGAAGAGCACAUGAGUGAUAUUAUGAAUUGUAUUGAAACGUAUAUUUUGUGCAAUUAUAUGCUAGGUAAUAAUUUUAGUAAUUAUUAUAUAUUUUUUAGGUAAUUGUA